GAUUAUAUAAUAAAUGACUAUACAUGAUAUUUUCUUAAAGUCUUUGAAUAACUCAGGGAAGAGCUGAUCAGAAUUUGAACUCAGGGCAGGGGCAAAGGGGUGGAGGAUAUAGAGAGAAGGGGACAAAUUUUUCUCAUUGAUAGGAAGGACCUGGAAAUAUAUUUUGUGGAGAGAGAGGGAGGGAGGAGUUCAGAGUUUUAACUAAGAUAGUACGGCUGCUCAGCCUGAUGAGUAGGAGGAAGGGUUGUGGUGGAGGGGGGAGGGAUAUUUUUCCUUUCCUUGGCUUCUCAAAGGACUCGUUUAUCCCUUCUUACACUACUAUUUUAGCACCAAUGCUGUCACACUUGUGGCUGUCUCUGUCUCCCCAGAGGGUCACAACCCUGACUGAUUCACUAUGUUUGGGUUCUCAGCAACUAAUUUACAAGAACAGUCACUAGAUUUGAGCUGGUGGCACUGUCCCACCCCUCAGCUCAUGUAAUAGCAAUAAUUAGCAUUCUGUAGAAGCUCAUCUACGAGGCACUGUACUAAGAGCUUUACAUGUAUUAAACCAUAUCAUCCUCAUCAUGGCUCUAUGAGGUAGAAUUAUUAAUGGUGCCAUUUAACAGAUAAACUAAGUCGCAGGGGUAAAGUAAGAUGCCUAAGGUCACACAGCUAGUAAGAUGACACAGCUCUUAAUCACUAUGUCUCUAUAAUUAUAUGAACCUCGCGCAACUUCCUUGAGUUCAGUGUGGCAGGAGCUUCCAAUCCCAUUUGAUAGAUGAGGAAAGUAAGGCCCAGAGAGGUGAUUUUUCCCAAGGUUACAUGAAGGGAACAGUAAUAUAAAUUAGGUUGAAGUAAGGGUAAGAUAUACACAUGGCAACAUGGACCUUAAAAAGUAGUGCUGAAUGGCUUUUCUCUAAGAUGGCGCCGAAAGUGAAGAAGAAAACCCCUGUCCCUCCCAAAGCUGAAGCCAAAGCAAAGGCUUUGAAGGCAAAGAAAGCAAAGCUGAAAGGUGUCCACAGCCACAAAAAGAGAAGACACGCAUAUCACCCACUAUCUAAUGGCCCAAGAUGCUGUGCUCCCAAGGCAACCCAAACAAGAGCGCCCCCAGGAGCACCAAGCUUGACCACUACGCCAUCAUCAAGUUCCCCCUGACUACUGAGUCAGCCAUGAAGAAGCUAGAAGACAACCAUACACUUGUGUUCAUUAUGGAUGUCAAGGUCAACAGGCUGUGCGAAGAAGCUCUAUGACAUUGAUGUGGCCAAAGUCAACACUCUGAUCAGGCCUGAUGGAGAGAAGUCAUAUGUUCAGCUCACCUGGCUCCUGACUGUGAUGCUUUGGAUGUUGCCAACAAAAUUGGGAGCAUCUAAACCGAGUCCAGCUGGCUAAUUCUAAAUAUAAAAAUUUUUCACUGUAAAAAAGUGCUGAAUGAAAAAGUUAACAGAAAUGUUUAUUCAUAUGUAUAUAUUCAUAUAUGUAUAACCAUUUGUAUAAACAUGUACUGUACACUACACAUUUUUAAAACCAAAAUAUUACACAUUAGGCACAUUAGAGCAAGGAAGGGAAAGGAGUGAGCUACAAGGCUGUAUUAGUUUGCUCAGGCUGCCGUAACAGAACACCACAGACUAGGAGUUUUAGAAAACAAAUAUUUGUUUUCUCAUCAUUCCGGAGACAAAGUCCAAGAUCAAGGUGCCAGCAGAAUUGAUUUCUAGUGAGGCCUCUCUCCUUGGUUUGCAGACAGCUGUCUUCUGUGACCUCAUGUGCCUUUCCUCUCUGCCUGAGCAGAGAGAGAUGGAUGGUGUCUCUUAAGACCCCAGAACUAUCAGAUCAGUGCGCCACCCUUAUGGCCUCAUUGCACUUUAAUUACUUCCUUAAAUUCUAAAUAGUUACAUUGGGGGUUAGGGCUCCAACACAUGGAUUUUGGGGGAACACAAUUUAGUCCAUAACAUGAGCUAAAAGGGAAAUAAUAAAACCACAAGAAGUGGGGAAAGAAAAUGGGGCUGGAGCAGUAGGCAGGAUCAAGAUCAAGCAGUCCCUUAUAAGCCAUAGUAAGGAGAUGAGCUUUAAAGGCUCAGAGAGGCCACUUAGUUUGUAAAUGCUCAAGCCGGUUUGUAUAUAUAACUGAUUGACUCCAAAGCCAUGUCAUCUGAAACUACUCGGAAUCCUGAUAACAAAGUGAAAAUGGAUUUCAUUUUAUCAAUAGGAAAAUGGAGGCCAUUUUCCUAUUGGCCAAAUGACUUGCCCAAGGUCACAUAGCCCUGCGAAAGACACUGAGGAUAUAAAAAUUAGGAAGACAUGGUCCCUGCCCUCAGAAAGCUCAGCUGGGAGUAGAAGAGACAGCCAGCCCGCCCCUUUGUUUGCUGCACUCAACUUCCUGCCUUACCAGAGGAAGUGGGGAGAGAGAACAGGUGCAGCAACAGCUAGCGGGGCCAUGGACAAGGAGUAUGUGGGUUUCGCAGCUCUCCCCAACCAGCUACACCGCAAAUCCGUCAAGAAGGGGUUUGACUUCACACUCAUGGUGGCAGGAGAGUCAGGCCUGGGGAAAUCCACCCUCAUCAACAGCCUGUUUCUCACCAACCUCUAUGAAGAUCGACAACUGCCAGAGGCCAGUGCUCGCUUGACACAAACGCUGACCAUUGAGCGCCGGGGUGUGGAGAUCGAGGAGGGGGGUAUUAAGGUGAAGCUGACUCUGGUGGACACACCUGGCUUUGGGGACUCAGUGGAUUGCUCAGACUGCUGGCUGCCCGUGGUGCGCUUCAUUGAGGAGCAAUUUGAACAGUAUCUUAGGGAUGAGAGUGGUCUGAACCGGAAGAACAUACAGGAUUCCCGUGUCCACUGCUGCCUCUACUUCAUCUCGCCCUUUGGCCGGGGGCUCCGGCCCCUAGAUGUGGCCUUCCUCCGGGCAGUGCACGAGAAGGUCAACAUCAUCCCGGUCAUUGGCAAAGCAGAUGCCUUGAUGCCUAAGGAAACUCAGGCCCUCAAGCAGAAGAUCCGGGACCAAUUGAAGGAGGAGGAGAUCAACAUCUACCAGUUCCCGGAUUGUGACUCUGAUGAGGAUGAAGACUUCAAGAGGCAGGAUGCAGAAAUGAAGGAAAGCAUUCCUUUCGCAGUUGUCGGUUCAUGCGAAGUAGUGAGGGACGGCGGGACCCGACCCGUGAGGGGACGUCGCUACUCCUGGGGUACUGUGGAGGUGGAGAAUCCACAUCACUGUGAUUUCCUGAACCUGCGACGGAUGCUAGUGCAGACACACCUGCAGGACCUGAAGGAGGUGACGCACGAUCUGCUCUACGAAGGCUACCGGGCCCGCUGCCUACAGAGCCUGGCUCGGCCUGGGGCACGUGAUCGAGCCAGCCGUAGCAAGCUUUCCCGCCAGAGUGCCACGGAGAUCCCGCUGCCCAUGCUGCCUCUGGCCGACACGGAGAAGUUGAUCCGCGAGAAGGACGAAGAGCUGCGCCGCAUGCAAGAGAUGCUGGAGAAGAUGCAGGCCCAGAUGCAACAGAGCCAGGUUCAGGGCGAGCAGUCGGACACUCUCUGAGGCCCCAGCCCGGGCUCUGCUUUACCUCGGCUCCGCCUUCUGUCUGUCUCUUGUCCAAUCCGGGAGCCCCAGCCCAGAAAGCCCUUGCCCUGGGUUCUCGGGAGAACAGGUUCUUCUAAUCCCAGAGUUGUAGCCCCGCCUUUAGUUCCACCCCACCCCACCCUCCGCCACUUCCUGAGCCCAAGCUUCCAGCCCUCGCUCGCAGCCCAGUCCCUGACCACCCCAUCCCGGCCCCUCUUUCCACGAGCUGUGUCUUCAAUAAAAAUUAAGUUUUCCCUCUGAA